CGUUUGCGCCCCCCACAUUGCCGCUUGGGGCGCAUACCGCCGGGUGACAUGGCAGACAGGGCGGAGGGGCCAUUUGAGGAGGACAUGGCCUGCCCAAGGGACCAUGUUGUGUGGACUUGGGUGACUCCUUGGCGGAUGCUGCCAGGCAAUUCUCGUGGGGCGAGAAGACUGCGCUGCAAGCUCUGCAACAAGGAGUACAAAGGGAAUAGGCAGCGUGCAGCAGAGCAUUUUAUCCUGGCGAGGGCGUCGACCAGAUGUCCGGGUGCGAACCUCUCCAUUUGGAAGAGGCUGCACCACAUCGGUGCGAAACUUCCACCGGAUCUGCAGGAGAGGGUGCGGAUGGAGUUGGAGCACGAAAGGGACGACGACAACGACGACAUUCCUGACGCGUCAGGUGCUGGAGAGGAGGGGGGAGGUAGGAUUGCUGAUCAACUAGAGGAAGCAUGUGGUGCGGAGGGUGAGGAGGGAUUGGAUGAGGGGACUAGGGGAGUUGUGACUGGAGGAUCCGCCGGUGGAGGGAGGCCUGCGUCCCCGCAGGCUGUGAUGCAGGGGGCCCGCGCACGCAGAACGGGGAGGCAGACGAGCAUCAAGAGGUAUUUGAAGAACCCAAGGCAGGAGGAGAUAGAUGACUCCUGCUGCGAGUUCUUCGUGGAGAACGCGAUCCCGUUCAACGCCGCGAAGAGCAGGAGCUUCAAGAAGUUCACGCGGGCGUGUUAUGGGCCACAGCCUGCAGCGAGUCAUCCUCUUGUGCCUACUGGGUACAACCCCCUCAGGUGUCGGCUCCUAGAUCGCCUGAACAAGAGGUUGGAGGAAGAGGAGCAAGUGAUCCGGGACGACAAGGAGGUGACGGGCUGCACGUUCAUAACCGAUGGGACCACGGACAUCUGUGGUCGAUCGCUUAUGAACUACAUCCUCGCAGGCCGGUCGAAGCUUGUUUUCAUCAAGUGCGAGGAUGUCAGUGAGGGGGACAAGGACUUCGCAACUGUCGUGGCUGGAUGGAAGCGGUUCUUUAGGGAGGUGGGGGUGGAAAAGAUCACGACCAUCUGCAUGGACUCUUUUGUGGGCAACACGAGUGCUGCCAGGAUGUUGAGGGAGGACCCCGAGUUCAGCCAGAUCUAUUGGCUGCCUUGCACCGCUCACUGCAUGGACCUCCUCCUGAUCGACAUUUGCAAGAAGGAUUGGGCGACUGCGAUCAUCAGCAAGGCGAACAGAGUGGUGAACUUCUUCCGGGCUCACAGGUGGCCCAGAUCGGCAUUGAGAACUGCACUUGUCAAGUUCCCGGACUUGAAAUGCAGUUGUCUCCUCCGACCGGCGCAGACGAGAUUUGGGACGCACUACGUGAUGCUGCAACGACUGGAAGUCUGCGAGAAGGCGAUCAGACGCAUUGUCACCGGGCAGGAGUGGAAGGCGCAGGUCUGGCGAGGGGACAUCAGGGCCAAGGCCUUCUUCGUGGAGGAAACAGUUCUUGACAGGGUCUGCUGGACCGAUGUCAGGAAGCAGACUGCCGUCAUGAAGGAGCCCUAUAAUGUGUUUGCAGAGCAGCGAGAGGACAUCCUCAGGGACGUGGGGAACAGGACGGAUAUGCUGCUCAGCCCCAUCCACGCUGUGGCUCAGCUCUUGGAUCCUCAGUUGAGGGACAUUACUGUUUUUAGUAAUGUCGACCUCAUGACACAGUUUGAGAGUGUGGUCGAGAGGCUCAUCGAGAAGAAGGGGAGUACGAGAUUCGAUGACUGCAUGGACCAGCUUUACGACUUCCAGUUCGGGCGAGGAGUCCUCGGCACCCCUCAGGCAAAGAAACGGGCUGCGAAGGACAAUGCGGUGCUGUGGUGGGAGGCGCAUGGGGCGGGGCAUCCGGAGAUUCGUGAGCUGACCAUCAGAGUGUUGUCGAUAUGGACGACUUCCUCUCCUGCUGAGAGGAACUGGAGCACUUGGGCUCUCGUGCAGACGAAGUGCAGGAACAAGCUGCACCACCAGCGCACCAACAAGUUGGUGUACUCGCACUGGAGCUUGAGGCUGAAGAGAAGGGGGGAAGACGGGCCCACGAUAGCAGGAGGGUGGAUGGGGCUCUCAGCUGACUGGGAGGACGAGGACCUGGAGGGUGACAUGGCGAAUGUCACCGAUGCCGUUGAUGACCACGAGCCUGCUAUCGGGGGCGCCGGUUCUGCGGUGGGCAGCACCACUGUUCGCCACGAUCGAGCCGGCCCAUCGACAUUGAGGUCCGUGCAGAGAUUGGGGCAUGCAAAGGAGGUCGACGAGGAGGAGGAGGACGAGGACGAGGAUGCCGAGGAUGAGGACGAGGAGGAGGAGGAGGAGGAGGAGGAGGAGGAGGAGGAGCACAUUCCAGGGGAGGAGUGGGUGGACGAGAGGUCGGACUCCGACAGGUCUUGGACGAGGAGAGAGGACGCCCCGGUGAUUCCAGGGACGCGAUGUGGAUUGCGAUCCCAGACUCAGCCUCUUGGAGAGGAGCGCCAGCCGGACGAGCAACAAAGGAGGGAGCAGCAAUAGGAGGAGGAGGAGGAGGAGGAGGAGGAGGAGGAGCAUGGGGAGAAGGGGCGGGGGGGGGAGCAGGGGGAGGAGGAGCUUCGGGAGGAGCAGCAGCUGGAUGAGCAGCAGGUGGAGGAGCGGUAGGUGGAGGAGCAGCAGGUGGAGGAGCAGCAGGUGGAGGAGCAGCAGGUGGAGGAGCGGGGGGAGGAGUACUUGAAGGAGCAAAAGGUGGAGUAGCAGCAGGGGAAGGAGCAGCAGGUGGGGGAGCAACAGGUGGAGGAGCAGGGGGAGGGUGUGCAGCAUCGCACUAACGUGUGAUCGUUUUAUGGUGGCAGUCACCAGUCGCCUCUAGCCGGGCAACAUGGAGCACAUCCCGGCCGU